AUGAAUUCUGAAGAUAUUGUAAAUUCCGAAGAUAUCAUGGAUUCUGAAAAUAUUACUGAAUCUGAAGAUUUUAUUGAAUCCGAAGAUACUUUGGAUUUGGAUGAGGAUUUUAUAUCUCCACCUAAAAAUUUCAGCACUCAUUGGACAGGCUUUUUGCAUUCAAAACAAUUAAAAAAUGAUAAAGCCCAACGAUAUAAUGCAAAAUGUACAUAUUGUGCCCAAAUAUUUGAAGCAUGUAAAGAAGCAAUGACAAAUCAUAUACUUAAUCUAUGCCGUAAAAUUUCAGCUAAAAGUAAAAUACUUUAUUCACAUACUGUAAACAAAAAAAAAUCCGAAGAAGUUACUGAAGUUCCUACUUACAAAGCAGUUUUAGUAACUGAUUAUUUUGAUAAAGCUAUUUUAUCAUUGGAAAAAACCAAUGAAUUAUAUACUUUGUUGUUACGAGCAUUAGUAUAUAGCAAUAUUUCAUUUACCUUUGCUGAAAAUUCAUUUUUUAUUUUAUUUUUAAAUGAAAUAUCUGAUUUAACUCUUUCACUUGACGGAUGGAUGGAUGUAUCUAAUAACUCUAUAUAUACUUUCCUUUUACAUAAAUUUGGAAAUAUUAAUGAAAUUAUUAAUAUAGAAGAAUUUUCUAGUAUUCAGCAUACAGCAAGUAAUUUACUUGUUGCAAUAAUAAACUCAUUGCAAAAUGUCUUUAUAGAUUUUAGUAAGAUUAUUGCUAUAGUUACUGAUAAUCUUUCG